ACGAUGUUCAUGCUGGAGCUUUCCUGUCCGGCCCUUAACGCUACACGCGAUUACUUAGACUGGCUUGGGCAGUGGUCAUCACCCAAACACUACAGCUACCAAACCUUCACUCUACGUACUCUCCCAAGCAGUGAGCGCAAGUUAACAAAUGAAUCGGUUUGGCUCUUCAGUUUGGCGGCGCUUUUCUUCUACUUCUUCGUCCCCAACUUUUGUAGUCAAACCUGCACCUGCCAAAGAACGUCACCACGUCCAAAUUCCGGAUACUUCCUUCCCGCAUGGCUACAGCCUUACUGGUGUACAUUGCGUUAUACUUUCAACCCAUCCAAAACCUGCUUCCGCAGCAGCGUGCUUCACUCGUAACGCAUUCAAGGCUGCCCCAGUACUCGUCUGCCAGGAGGUGCUUGAAAAAAGUGCUGGCCGUGCCCGUGCCAUCGUAACUAACAGCGGAUGCGCCAACGCAGUGACCGGCAAGCAGGGCUUGGAAGAUGCUUGGGCCAUGGUCAAGGCCACCGAUGCUCUUCUCCCCAAGUCGGAGGCUAGCGGAGAUAUCAACGAUACAUUCGUAAUGUCGACAGGUGUGAUCGGUCAAAACCUUCCCAUUUCCAAGAUUCUCUCCGGCAUCUCGUCUCUUGUACCUUCAAGUCUUGGCUCAGAUUUCGCAGCUUGGGAGCGUGCGGCAAAGGCCUUCAUGACCACUGACACUUUCCCCAAACUCCGUGCUCGGACUUUCAGCCUUGGUGGACAGACGUUCCGUAUGGCUGGGAUGGACAAGGGCGCAGGCAUGAUUCAUCCUGACAUGGGUCCCCCCACUAACCCUGGCCAACUUCAUGCUACGCUACUGGGUUGUAUCCUGACGGACGCCGCUGUUUCUCCGCAAGCCCUGCAGUCUGCACUCACGUACGCAGUCGACCGUUCCUUCAACUCUAUCAGCGUGGAUGGAGACAUGUCCACGAAUGAUACGAUCAUUGUUCUCGCUAACGGUGCUGCUGCUGGAGAGACAAAGGAGAUUGAGGAGCACGAUCCUCUGUUCCCGGCCUUCCGUGAUGAACUUACAUCCUUCGCCGCUGAGUUGGCUCAGCUUGUAGUUCGCGAUGGUGAAGGCGCCACCAAAUUUGUCACGGUGUCCGUAGAGGGAGCACCGACAUUUACUGAUGCUCAUCGUGUCGCAUCAAAAAUAAGUACAUCAGCACUGGUGAAGACCGCAUUGUAUGGCGAAGAUGCCAACUGGGGCCGUAUCCUUGCAGCAACCGGCUCUGUUCCUCUCUCCACGCCCAUUGACCCCUACCGCGUGAACGUCACCUUCGUUCCCGCAGACGGGAGCACUCCGCUUCCCGUCUUGGUGCGCGGCGAGCCCGAACUUGUGGAUGAGGUGCGCGCGAAGGAGAUCUUGAGCGAAGAAGAUUUCGAAAUCAAGGUGGAUCUUGGCCUAGGCAGUGAGAGCGCCCAAUAUUGGACGUGCGACUUCAGCUACGAGUACGUGCGGAUCAAUGGAGAUUACAGGAGUUGAACGUCGAACGCAGUCUGCUGUGUUUGUUGGAUUUGUUUGAUAUCAUUGUUUUUUGGGGGUGUGGGAUCUACAGCCGUCUAUUUGAUCUCGGAUAUACUAUCAACAUUGUCAUCAGCCUGCGGCCGUGCUUUGAUUGUCGCCGCGCGAUGAGACCAUGGAUCUAAAAUGAACAUUUCCGGUGUGAAGAUCGUGCUGCCCCCCGCCAGAGCUUGAUCCGUCAUAUUUGGUUCGGCGCAUGCUGUGUCGCGUCCGGGAGAACUUCGGCCCAGCGGGACAUCUCCGUGUUUCUCAAGUCAUUCGGUGGAAAUUUUAUGUCCACCUUCGUGGCGCCAUGCGCAAGAGCUUCAGACAAGCACGGCGUUCCUGC